UAUUAAAAACAUCUUUAAAAAGUUGCUGUGAAGUUCACAGCAAAAGAAGUAAACUAAUAAUUAAAAGAAUAAGUUUGCAAAGUAAAACUCGUGAGGUAAAGUAGGAGUGUCAAAAUUAUUCCACAGAGACUCAAAGCCCAGAGAGGAAGUAAUAAUAAAAGAUCUGCUGUAUAACACAACCUGGGCCAGAGAGCUGUAGCUGUCUGAAAUGAUGCUCCAGAACAAAGACGAUCUCUGCUUUCCACAGCUCAACAGCUCCUGCAGGAAGCCAACACUUCACUGGUCUAAAGCUGUGCUCCUGAACUCUGUGCUGUCUUUUAUCUGUCUGAUCACUGCAGCUCUCAACCUCUUCGUCAUCAUCUCAGUCUCCCAUUUCAGGCAGAGAAUAAACAGMAUAUAGUUUAUACAGUAUGAUAUGAUAGUAGAACGUAUUGUCAUUGAUUAUUUGUUCUUUAUGAAUAAUUUAUUUCUGUUUUUCUCCUUUCAGGCAACUCCACACACCCACUAACAUCAUCCUCUUAUCUUUGGCAGUUUCAGACUUCCUUGUUGGUGUUUUUGCUAUGCCUUUAGAAAUCUUAAUAAGUUCAUCCUGUUGGUUACUUGGAGAUAUUAUAUGUGUUUUAUCGUAUUGUAUCAUGUGUCAAAUUAUUUCUACAUCAGUAGGAAACAUUGUUUUUGUAUCAAUUGAUCGCUACAUAGCUAUUGGUGACCCUCUACAUUAUGCCACCAGAAUCACUCUGGCAAAAGUGAAAUGCUGUAUUUGUCUGUGUUGGCUCAGUGCUGCUUCCUGCGUCCUUUUUUACAUGAAAGAUGAGCUGAUUCAACCUGGCAGGAGUAGGUCCUGCUUUGGGGAAUGUAAAGUAGUAACAAACUAUAUCAUGGGCACUUUUGACCUAAUUGUGAACUUUAUAUGUCCUGUUACUGUUAUCAUAGUUCUGUAUAUGAGAGUAUUUGUGGUGGUUGUGUCUCAGGCUCGUGCUAUGCGCUCUCACACCACAGCUGCUGCACUCCAGAAAUCAGGUAUUUUAAAAACAAAGAAAUCUGAGUUGAAAGCAGCCAGGACUCUUGGUGUUCUUGUAUUUGUGUUUUUAUUAUGUUUUUGUCCAUAUUACUGUGUCUUUUUUGCUGUGAGUGAUGAGCCAGAUGCAUCAUCAAAUGUUUAUACAAUUUUUUUGUUCUAUUUAAAUUCCUGUCUAAACCCUGUGAUCUACACACUUUUUUACCCCUGGUUCAGAAAGUGCAUCAAACUCAUUGUCACUCUGCAGAUACUGAGGCCCGGCUCAUGUGAGACCAAAAUACUCUAGCAGUUUACUAAGAAGAAACUUGCACCAAGGAAAUCGUUUUUUUCCCAAUAACUAAAUAAGUGAAAGAAAUGGUUAAAUUUGAUAAUCAGAAGUGUAAAAAAACACUGAAAAUAAGAUCUCUGUAUCUUCUUUCACAUUCAUCACAAUUAUAUAUUUGCUUUUCAUGUUGCAUUAUUCACUCUUAGAAAUUACACUUAGAAAGAUUAGAAACUGUAUU